GUGUAGGCAGGGGGAAGCAGGAUGACCUGGGACGCGCAGUUCUGCUAAAACCUGUCAAGGUCCGUAGAGUGCCUUUUCCUUUCCAAUGAAUCAAAUUACCAACUAGGCGGCUAGUUUGGUUAGCUAAUCAUUAACGUGGGACCUGUGAAUGAUGGAGUUUGCAACCCUUUGUCUUGGUAAUUAAUUUUUUCUCUGUGUGUGUUAUAAUACUCUUCCUCCUUGUGAGAGUAUUUAACAGGGACAAGUGCACUGAAACCUGGCCCAGUUUGUCCUGGAGGUGGGUUGCUCAGCCUACGCCCAGAGCUCCAUUGUUGCCUUGGCUUGGAAGAAACCACUUCUGCCAGCACACUUCUCAUGGACAGUGAAUUAGGAGACUGGCCCACAGCUGGUGUGGUUGGUGGGGAGCCCUUUGCAGUUCUGGGGGUUAGGCAGCAGCUGCCCAGGGGCUUCUGGCGCCUUCAGAGCAAAUUUUCUAGACACUAUGCCCUUACGAAGUUCUGCCAAGUUGAGCAUGGAGACCAGAAGAGAAGAUAGUGAGAGCACGGCACCCGCCCCUCUGCCAAAGAAGCUGUCCUGUCAGUGCCACCACCACUGUCCUGAGGACUCAGUCAACAGCACGUGCAGUACUGAUGGCUACUGCUUUACCAUAAUAGAAGAAGAUGAGUCCGGUGGACAUUUAGUCACUAAGGGAUGUCUUGGAUUAGAGGGCUCUGACUUCCAGUGUCGGGACACUCCUAUUCCACACCAAAGAAGAUCUAUUGAAUGUUGCACAGGCCAAGAUUUCUGUAACAAACACCUUCACCCUACGCUGCCACCACUGAAAACUCGAGACUUUGCUGAAGGAAACAUUCACCAUAAGGCCCUGCUGAUCUCGGUGACUGUUUGCAGUAUUCUUCUGGUGCUUAUCAUCAUAUUCUGCUACUUCAGAUACAAGCGCCAAGAGACGAGGCCCCACUACAGCAUUGGGCUGGAGCAGGAUGAAACCUACAUUCCCCCUGGAGAGUCCCUGAAGGAUUUGAUCGAGCAGUCCCAGAGCUCAGGGAGCGGCUCCGGACUCCCUCUCCUGGUUCAAAGGACAAUUGCAAAACAGAUUCAGAUGGUAAAGCAGAUUGGAAAAGGCCGCUAUGGAGAAGUCUGGAUGGGAAAGUGGCGUGGCGAAAAGGUAGCUGUGAAAGUUUUUUUUACCACCGAGGAGGCCAGCUGGUUCAGAGAAACAGAAAUCUACCAGACUGUUCUGAUGAGGCAUGAAAAUAUUCUUGGAUUCAUUGCCGCAGACAUUAAAGGUACAGGAUCUUGGACCCAGCUGUAUCUCAUCACUGACUACCAUGAGAACGGCUCGCUUUAUGAUUAUCUAAAAUCUACUACCUUGGACACAAAAGCUAUGCUAAAACUGGCUUACUCCUCGGUUAGUGGCUUGUGCCACCUUCACACUGAGAUCUUCAGUACUCAAGGCAAACCUGCUAUUGCUCACCGUGACCUAAAAAGUAAGAAUAUCCUGGUGAAAAAGAACGGCACCUGCUGUAUAGCAGAUUUGGGCUUGGCUGUUAAGUUUAUCAGUGAUACAAACGAGGUGGACAUACCUCCCAACACCCGUGUAGGAACAAAACGCUAUAUGCCUCCUGAGGUGCUGGAUGAAAGCUUGAAUAGAAACCAUUUUCAGUCGUACAUCAUGGCUGAUAUGUACAGUUUUGGGCUCAUCCUUUGGGAAAUAGCAAGGAGAUGUGUUUCAGGAGGAAUAGUUGAGGAAUACCAGCUUCCAUACCAUGACCUUGUGCCCACCGACCCCUCGUAUGAGGACAUGCGGGAGAUUGUGUGUAUCAAGAGACUUCGCCCUUCGUUUCCCAACAGAUGGAGCAGUGAUGAGUGCCUACGGCAGAUGGGGAAGCUGAUGAUGGAGUGCUGGGCUCACAAUCCUGCCUCCCGGCUGACAGCCCUGCGAGUCAAGAAGACACUUGCCAAAAUGUCAGAGUCGCAGGACAUUAAACUCUGACUUGGCCAGAGGCUGCUCUCAUGAAGGCCCAUGGAAAAGGACUUUCUCGUGCAGGCAGAAGAGCAAUCAAAAGUCCUCAGUAAUAAGUACCAUCAAUAAAGUCAUGCUUAAGAUCAGCUGUAAGUUUGUUUAACAGCUUUUAGAGAGACAAUCCUUUGCAAAAAAAAUCAGCUGAACUUUGACAUAGAAGAUCAGAAGAGGCUUGUCUGCCCUUGUUUACAUGGGGAAAUACAGUUUUAGUAACUGGUUUAAGAUUAUACAUGUUGCUUUCUGUGAAAGCCACUUAUUAUUUUAUUAUUAUUAUUAUUAUUAUUAUUUUGAUUGUUUAAAAAAGAUACUGCUUUAAAUUUUAUGGAAAUAAAACUUGGUUAGAAGUAAAAAAAAAAGAUGUAUAUUACUACAUUACAAAAAAAAAAAAGGAAGAAACUGCUGAAAAUGAAAGCAAAGCAACUUUUUCAUUUCUAAAGAGACUAUUGCACUCCAGCUUUUAACAAAACAGGCAGGUGCGCCUUUGCAGCUCAGAGGAGCUGUAAUGGGAAUUGUCUUAGAAGUCCCCUACAUGCAGAGAUGACUUUCCAUAGCCCUUCUUGUGUGAGUGGUUCUCACAGUAUAGACAUGAAGCCCGAUUGCAUUCCUGCCAUGGUUAGAGCACAGGCAGCUGGGUUCCUAUGGGUGGCUUGUCCCAGGGGAGAUCAUACUUCAUUUGAGAUAAUCUGGAGCUGUAUGAAUAUGUUUUGGUGUGACUUGUUUGAAGAAGCUCUUCAUGUUUCCAGGCAAUCUGAUGAGUAUGGUACUAGGAUGAAAGCAAGUGCCCCUUUUCUUGGCUUUCUUUUUUCUAUCUUUUGUUCCACUGCAAAAUAAAAUGCUUCGUGUGUGAGUGGAAAUGAAGUACACAUUUGGAUCUGCUGGUGAGUUUGAAACUGCUGUCACGUACAUACACAACCACUGGGUGAGAGGAAGUUCCUUGUGAGAAAAAAUUACUAACUUGCUCUUUUGACUGUGUGAAAGUAAGGUAUCCAUCUAUAACCACAGCUGGAAAGAAACAUACGUGUUUCCUUUUUUAAGGGAAAGUGAAAACCCCCAAAAUUGGGAAUUUUGGGGUGGCAAUCAUUUUUCUUUAAGCAAGGAUACCUGGUGCUUCCCGACUGCAGUAGGAAGUCCACAGGGAAGGAGUAUGGGACUCGGGUGGGUGGUGAAUGCUGGGCACUGUAGCCAACAGCAGGCAAGAACCUCCAGUGCUUCUCCCGCUGUAGGGAGAGGCACCACAAAAUGAGCCAUUUGCCUCAAGCUUCAUUUAUUUGCCUUACUUUUUCAUGCGGCAUCCCAGAAUCCUCCCUACCUCUGGGAGGCAACACUAGGGCUGCAUACCACAUGGUUCCCAGCAAGACAAGCUUUUAGAGGAGAAGAGGAAAGGGAAACGUGUUGAUGGUCUUUCCCUAUUCCUCCUUUCUGGGGCUGCAGCAAUUGCUGCGAUGUUCAUACCACAGAAGGGGAAAUUAGAGGUGGAAUAUUCCCUGUGAAGUACUUUCUUUGGAAGGGCCCCUGUUCUUCAUCAGAUUAUGAAAGCUGAGAUGUACAGAGUUACCAGUUUACCCUUCUUUACCCUUGGUUUGGUUUUUAAAGUUUUUGCCUAUGUCCUCUUUCACUAGAUAAUGUUCAGUUUAAUCUUGAAAUAAGUCCUUACAAAAAUGCUGCUUUGAUUAUGCUAAGCCUGUUUCUGAAUUGAAAUAAUUGCCAUGCUGGAUUUAGCCUCAGCAUUUCUGUAAUGCUUCCUUUUUUCCCAUUUUGGACAAAACUGAUUUAUUUGUGGUAGGUAGGUAUAUAAUUGGGGUUUAACUUCACAACUCCCUGAAGGUAUUUCUAGCUGGAAAAAUUUCCAUUUUAUAGUUUCAAGCUAACAGAAGAAUGCACAGGUUCAAGAGACUCAGCAAGACCUCCAUUAUAGCUAUUAAAAAUUUUAAUCAGGGAUUUUUGUUAAUUAGAGUGUUUUUUCCGCAGUGCAAUUUUGCUUCCUGUACCCAAAAAUACUGAGGAAUACAAAAGAAAAUCUCUGAGAGCUAAUAGUACACCAAACCGUGGCUCUGAGGGGGCAAUGCUGGUUUACCCUGUCCUUAAAAAGCAGUGUGCUUACUUGUCUGAGAGCAGAGUUUGCUCCUUUCCUUGCCUACCUUGGCUUGAAGAUUGCAGCCCCAAAUGAGAAGAGCCUAGCAUCUCUUCACCUUUUUAUCUUAUUGAAUUAAGCCACAGGGUUUCCACUCUCACUCCUUUCACUUUCAUGCCCUUUCAUAGUAACCAGCACAGCCCCAAGGAACUGGGUUUUUUCAGCUCUGACAAAGCAGAUGGGACUUCGGUUGGAGGCAGGCUCAGUUGGCCCCACCUCUGUGCCUGGUCCCUGGAGGUCCUGGGUAAGUGGUUGUGCAGCAGAGAUGCCUCUUCCCUUCUGCGUUUAGGUGUAUUUCACGUCUGCUUUCCUCAAAUACAUUUUUAUUAUCAUUAUUAUGGCUUUCCCCCAAACUGUUUUGGAGGGUGCUUUGCUGGCUGGUGGACACAGGGCACCUGCCAUCAGUGUGUGUUGCGAGAGAAAGGAAGGGCCAGUUGCUGGUUUUCUGAACAAAUCUUACCUUUUUUGGUCCAAAAGAAAGGGAUCUAAGAUACUGGUUGAUAGGUUACAUAAAGUAUGUAUGUUAAAUGUUUGAGUUUUUGUGGUUUAUAUAUAUAUACAAAUAUAUAUAUAUAUUCAGUUGGGAGUCUGGAAUAACUCCAGUGUGUGGAUUAAGAGUAAACUAUUACAGAUGAUAAAGCACUAAAUAAAACAUAGUAUUUAUUUAUGAAAAUGCAUAAAUGACAAUUCACUGCAACGGUGCUGUAUAGGAAAAUAAAGAGAGCGAUAUAUAUGUGAGGAGACACACUCUGAGAAAGCAAAAGUUGUUUAACUAGUGCCUACCCAUUUUCUCCCAGGACUUGAAAGGCCAGAUUUUACCCUCAAGUCUACCCACCUGUAAUCAGUGCUAUUGUAAAGGGAUAUUCCUAUGGCCAGAAAACAGCCUAAGGCAAGCAUAAAAGUCAUUCUAGCACUGUAACAUUCAAGUUACCAGCUGCAUGGUUGACUUUCUGCAACACUUACUGAGUAUAUUGUGGUUUUAGCAAGUACAGUGACUACAGGUUAGUACAUUUAUUUUGCCAGGUUUGGCCUUUUAAUGUCACUUCCAGAUUUUGGUAGUUUCACAGUUCACAUUGAUGAAGGCUUGGAAGUCAGUGGUGCCCACAAGUCCGGAAAUCCAGCUUUGAAAUGUAAAUCACUGAAGGAAGUUUAGUUUAGUGACUUAUUGAUACAAAUAAGAUGGCAGAGGUAAGUGGGAGAAGAGGAAAAACAGACUCACCAGAAAAAAAGGAAGAGAGCUGCCAUCUAACAACUGCUAUCCUUUCUCUAGCACAAAGUUAUUUCUGUUAAAGAAAAGGUUGACAAUGUAAAGACUAAAAAACUAAUUUGUGUUCUUUUUUGAGAACCAGUGCCUUAUUAAAGCUGUAAAUACUGUAAUUAGAAAACCUGGGGAACAAACUGUGUUACAUUCUAUUUGUUCAAACUAUAUGUAUAUGGUUGGUUUAACAUUCCCCCCAAAUAAAAUUGUUUCCAUGUCGCCAUGAAA